CACUGCGCGCGGCACAACAAAAGUAAAUUUGUUUUGAUUUAAAUGUUUUUAUUAAAAAUUAAACUGCGCAAUGGAUGUUUUGAGGGAUUAUAAUAGUUUUUCCAGAAUCGGCAACAGCUUUGGCUUUGCUUGCAGGAUAAUCGAAAAACAAUGUGAGACUCAGCAGCUCGGAACCUACGAAAAAUAUGAAUUUGCUGAGCUUUUAAAGAUACUGAAUGCCAAGGAAAAGAUGCUGGCCGGCAGGUACUUCUGCCAGUUGCCCACAAAUGUGGGAAGUUUCCGAGUGCUCCUUCAGCUCCAGGAUCUCCACAUCCUCACGGCCACGGAGUACAUCCUCAGCAAGGAGCACUCGGAUCAGCUACAAGUGGACUUGAUCAUAUUCCUAGAAUCGGAGUUCGAACUUCUAACAAAUAUCUUUCUAUCAGCGGCUUAUAAUACCGACUAUGCGAUGAAGUUAACAUUAAUCCUAACUGCAGCUUUGGGCAAUCUCUAUGCUGGACUUGUAAACAAUCCAAAAAUAAGCAGUUUGGGAUACAUAGAACCCUUGCAUAAAGCCCUGCCAGAUGAUGCCCUUAGCGUUUGCAUGAAUAUGCAUAUAAAUACCCUGUUGGAACUUCACCGAACGGAGAGUAUUAACGAAGCCUUCGCCAACUUCAGUUCCUGGAUCAAUGAGGGUGUGGAUGAACUCACUUUUGUGAAGCACCUCUGCGAUGGGCUCUUUGUUGGCCAUCACCAGGAAGCCCUUCAAUACCUUUUUAAGCAGUCCAACUCUGAAAACUUUAGACAGUGGAAGUUUUUCCUAAUUUUAGUGCAGUCUAUCGCUUGUGCUGCUAGUCAGGAAACCACUGUAUACAUUAAGAAAUAUCUGAAAAACAGACUAAUGCAAACCGCGUCUACUGGCAACCUGACAUCCCUCCUCCACUUGCUGCUAACUGCAAGAGCUGCCUCUGCCUCAACCAUGGAUAUUCAGAAAAAUCUGGACAACUACGCCAAGUGGUACAAGCAGAACAUUGGUGAAAUGACUUACAUCCUAGGCACGGAGAAGUUUCAAGUCACUUUAGGUCUCUUGGAAGAGUCCUUACAAUACGAAAAGGAAUUGUCAUAUUUGGAUAUUCAUGUCUCAAUUGCCAUUUCACCUGGUGGUCGACUAGUUCAGGCCUAUAAAACCAAGUGUCGAGCACGUGUAUCUCAACUUAAAUCGGAAGCGAAGCGAAAAGCGUCGAGGGACUAGACACGAGGUAGGAUUAUAUA